CAGAAGAGGAGAUAUAGAAAGGCUUAAUGGGAUUUUGGCUUGAAAAUGUAUGUCUUUAAUUUGCCUAAAACAUUUGCAGUUAAAUACCACUAUCUCCCAAGUCACACCGAACUGUAGUAUGAUGCAAGCUAUCUAGGGUGAGACUUUGUCUUUCACAGGUUGUGGGAAAAGGCACAGACACCUUCAGCAUUCUUAGCAUAGCAGAUGGUCUCAUUUGUAACAAAAGAGUAAGAACACUGGCAGUCCAUGACAUAAUCUGAAAUUAUGACAUGUAAAAAGAAUGCCUGUGCUGAUGUAACCCCAAUACCAGACGUUGUUGAGCUAUAUCUCCUCUGGAAACACUUAAUGACUGCCCCAAGUCUAGAAUACAGACUAUAAAGGGUUAAUUCCGUAUAGAGAGUUCUUUUUACAAGACAACCUUUCUCCCCUGCUAAAGAGUUUUCCUAAACAGCCAGAUCUCUUUCUGGAGUAUUCAAACUUGGAUUUGCUUUACAAUAUGUUGAUGAGACUCUGCUGAGAGUGUCCACAAAAGAGCCACUGCCUGUCUGGUAUCCACAGUGAAGUCUCACAGGUCACAGUGAAGCAAGCAAGCAACGACUCACCACUCUCUGAGGUCAGUGAAUCCAGAGUCACUCGAUGUGGAGGGUGGCUUUAACAGGCAUCAGGCCCUCUACUUCUGGGAAGGAACACUUAUGCAAAUAUCUAGGUCAUUGGCCAUCCUUUACUGUGUGACUUUGGCAGUCAAAGGGCAUCAGUCUGUGGUCUGAAGCAACUGUGCAUUGUUCAGCCUGUACUGAACUGUUAUCUUAAGUGGAAUUCUUUUUCUUAUUGAUACAUAUGAAGAUGGAACUGAUACUUCCCUUCUCUUUGUAGUGCUGUGAAUAGAACCCAAGGCCUUUGGCAUCUUACACAAGUGCUUUAACAUUGUGCUGCUCCCCAGGCCCCAGAUGAUUUGUGCUCAAAUAAACGAAAGCAGAGAUGGGGUGGGGGAAGAAUAUGGAGUGCCAUGCAUUUAUGGCGUGAGCAGGAGGAAAAUGAGAAUUUGGAGUAGGGGUAGAUGGGUACAUAGGGUCAGAAGGAGAAAUCUUUUUUUCUUCAUAUCUGACCUCACUUCCUGACUGUAGCUGAUAGGAGUGAGUAAGUGGCAGCUAGUAUUCCCCUUAGCUUUCCUUCAUGAUGUAUAGCAUGAAGAGGAGGCAGGAACACACACUCCACGACUGACCAACUCGGUGAGAAAAUGUUGCACACUUUCUAGACUCAAAGACAGGAGGUAAACAAGACAGGAGAGAAGAAAGAAAAAAGCAAAACAAAACACGGUUUUAAUAAGUUAUCUCAGUGCCCUAAAGACCAUACUCUGUUUAGUUAGUGUUCCAAGCAAGCGUUCCCAAUCACUCACAUAAAGCAAAGCAUACUCUAUUUUGAAGAUGGUUACUAUAAUAGAAUACACUAUUUCUGUUUCUGAAAGGAUCCCAAACUAGUCGUUCACUGGUCUCUAUAAGAUUUUUUUGCAGGCUGCUAAGAGCCUUUUUAGGAGAUGUAAACAUUUAACUGAAAAAGCAAAUGUAUCAAGAAUCAAGCACGUUGACAAAAAAUUAGAAUCAACGAAGGGACAUUUUUUUAGCAGUACACACAAUGUUGAGAAUUUUUACGGGUCAUUGGUUCCUGCACUUCUCUUUGUAAUUUCCCCUUCCCACCCUUCAAGCCCAUGUAUGCUUUGUGUCUUCAGAAUGUGGGAUCCUCGAAAAAAAAAGGGGUGUUCAAUACACCGAAUGGAUCCUGGGCCUGAAGAUGAGCGUGCGGGGGAAGAAAUCAAAAAGCAGAUGGGAUGACAUACUUUGGAGACUGGUGGAGAGAUGCAGUCUUUGAUGCAUAUUUAGGUUCCUGAUUCUGAUUCUGUCACAGUUGUGUUGACAAAUGUCCUUGCCAUCUCCCUAGUAUAAGCAGUUUAUGCUUAGAACCAGAGGCAGAAAAAUAGGAUUGGGGAGUAGCAGGGACUCUGAUCAGUCAACAGGAAAAAAAAGUGUACCCCCAGGGGAGAAGAUUCUCCUGGAGCAAAACUGUACCUGGAGACCGGUUGAGGUUGAAGCAUAGAGCAAUGGAAGAACUGAAGCCUGCUUCUUCCUAGGCAAAGGAGUGCUUGUGCUGAAUGAAGGCUAAGAGCUGAGCUCCCCAUAGCAGCAGCAGCAGCAGCAGCAAAGGCAGCGGCGGCGGCGGCGGCGGCGGCGGUGGCGGCGGCGAGGGUGGCAGCAGCAGCGCGGCUCUGUCUCUGGUCCCAGCGCUCCGUGCCUUCUGCAGCCGCCACUGCAGCCAAGGGCUCCUUCUCUGCAACUGGCUGGUCCUUCCAGCACUGUGCCUGGGGAAAGGAAACAGGAUCAAAGAAGACCAGAGACACUCUCCCUGGGGCCACUAGCUCUGGCCCGCUUGCUUGGCGGCAGUUGCUCCCUCAGUCUUUGGCUGGAGAGCUCACUCCCUCCAGCGCUAAAGAGCAGUUGGGGUGGUGUGGGUUCCUGUCCACGUCUUGGCUGGUGGGAACCGUGUGUCCAACAGAGGAAGCCUGGUGGGCCUGGCCCCUCUCAGCCCAGCGCCGAUGAGUGCCAGGGCGCCGAAAGAGCUGAGGCUGGCCCUGCCGCCUUGUCUCCUGAACCGGACCUUUGCUUCCCACAACGCCAGUGGAGGCAGCAGCGCAGGUCUCCGCAGCUCAGGCGCAGGUGGUGGCACUUGCAUCACGCAGGUGGGACAGCAGCUCUUCCAGUCUUUUUCAUCUACGCUGGUGCUGAUUGUCCUGGUCACUCUCAUCUUCUGUCUCCUCGUGCUGUCCCUCUCCACUUUCCACAUCCACAAGCGUAGGAUGAAGAAGCGGAAGAUGCAGAGGGCUCAGGAAGAAUAUGAGCGAGAUCAUUGCAGCGGCAGCCACGGUGGUGGGGGGCUGCCUCGGGCAGGUGUUCAAGCUCCAACCCAUGGAAAAGAAACCCGACUGGAGAGGCAGCCCCGGGACUCCGCUUUCUGCACCCCCUCCAAUGCUACUUCUUCUUCCUCCUCCUCCUCCUCAUCCCCUGGUCUCCUGUGCCAGGGUCCCUGUGCGCCUCCGCCUCCACUGCCAGCCCCCACUCCACAAGGAGCACCCGCAGCUUCCUCCUGCUUGGACACACCUGGCGAGGGCCUUUUGCAAACGGUGGUACUGUCCUGAUUGCGCAGCCCCUCUCCUGACCCUUUCCUCGUCUCCAGCAUCUUGACCGUCCUCGCUUUUGUUCCUCCUUCCUUCCUUUUCCGUUCUCCUUUGGCCCCUGUUUUCUCUGCCCUCUUUCCUUACCUGGCCACCCUUUCACUGUCUCUCCUCCGCCGAGGCACUGUGCGGUAUUUGUAAAUAUUGGGCGAGGAAAGUCUCAGAGGAAGAAAUAACGCUGAUAAUACUUUACUGAUAUUUAUAGUAAUUAUUAUACUACUAAUAACACAGUCCAAGCGCAUGACAAAUCACAUAAUUUCUCAUUGUUAAUGAAGGCUGCAUCUUCCCUCCCCACCCCGUGCCCCCCUCAAUAAGGAGAAGAAACCGCACAAGCUACCAAAUAUUUAAGACAUUGACACCGAAGCAAAGGGAUGGGAGGGGGCCGGUGAUGUUGUAUAUAGCUGUCAAGUGAAGGUUUAGUCGCCUUUCUGCCCCUCCCUCACGGGCUUUCACUUUUCCUUUAGCUUGUCUCCCCUCCCCUUUCCUCACCUUCAGCUGGGCUCAGGCAAUAGUAUAUUAUAAAGGCAACAUCUACAUUAAGCACCAGAGACCACAUAGAAUGUCCCAGAAAAACGUUUAGGACAGGUAACCCCUCUCUAGUCAGUCAUCAUUUCACUUUUUGCUUUCCCCCUGGCAGAAUUAGAGUUUUACUUUUAGAAAUAUCACUCGCUGGUCGAGCACAGAAAAAGAAAACAAAAAACAAAAACAUACUAUCUGAUUUGCUGCUCAUUAGGGCCCAUUUGUACACCUGACUGGUAGUCGUUUUGGUUUGGUUUGUUUGUUUGGUUUUUUUUUUUUCCCUUUGGGGAAUUUUUUUUUUUUUUUUUUUUUUUUUUUGAGCCUCAGAGAAACCGGGAGCUGUCCAGCCAGGUCUGGUGCUGAAUAUGUCUCACCUUCAUGGUUACUUCCUCUGGUUGUGCAGACCAAAGAAGGAGCUGUUUUGGAAAGUGAUUGUCUUGGUUUUGAUUGGUUUCUUUCUUCUUUUUUCUACAAUUGGAUUGUUUUUUCUUAUCACUAUACAUUGCAUAAGUUACCUUUAUGUAAAAAAAAAAAGUAUUAGGCAAUGUGCAGUUCUGAAAAUGCAGUAUCUAACCAACUAGUAUGUUUCUGUUUUAUUUUUAGAACAAGUGCACCUUUGUUAUAUACUUAUUAUAUUGGUACCAAAUACAGAAGAAAACUAUAGUUCUGUGAUAUGUCCUCCAAACUGUAUAUUUUUGUUCUUCUGACUUUCCAGCUGUUGAUAUAAUGGUUGCCACUGGCUGAGGAAGUCAGUGGUGUAGGCCUGGCUUCUGCUGUUUCCGGAAGUGUUCUUUUGUAUUUUACGCUGUAGUAGACUAUUAUAAAACGAUGACACCCAUGUUUCCCCCUUUUUCUUUUGUGAAUAACAGAAACAACCACAACAGAAAACAAAUAAUGGAUGUGCUGGAAUGCCAUCUAUUAAAAACAUGGUUAAUAUUUAAACAGUGCCUGUGGUUCUCUGCAUGCAGUUGCCACCUGGAGGCAGUGCUGUGUGUGCUUGCUUGUACUGUAUGUGUUUGGGGGAAAGACUGGUGGAGAUGUUGGGCAAUUUGGAUGACAGGACAUGACAAUUUCCAAGUUAAAUCUGUAAACGCUUACAGGAUAAAACUGUUUACAGCUUGUUUAGUUAUGACUCCAUGCCUGCAUCUGAUAUACAGCAAAGGGGAUCUUUCUUCUUCCCAAGUCUGGCCUAAUUAACCUCCCUGAACACAUAGGAAAUGUUAAGGGAAAAGGAAAGCAUGAGAGAAGAUAAAUCUCUUGUCCUCUCUUUAAAUGUCAGAUAAGUCCCUCUAUGUUAGACUCUGCUGUUUAGUGAAGGGCAGUGGGACCCCUACAUAUAUCCAUCUCCCAAGCCACUAGCUCCCCUCUAUGCUCUGUCUUAUUUCAAGUUGUAUGUGGUUAUUAUCCCGAGAAAUGAUUGCCUCUAAUGUUUUGGUUACAUAUAAAGUUUUCCAAGCUCAGUCUGUAUCUUUAUAAAAUAAUUUAAUAAGGUUGAUUUAGUCACCCAUAGAUAUCAUCCAAGUCCUUUCUGAAGCACAGAAGACCAUCGUUUAAGCAUGCCAUGUUGUAUCAUUAGGAAGAUCAGGUAUAAUCUUUGGAUACAAUAUAUUAAACAAUGAACCAGAUUCUCUCCAGUGCCUUAGUCACUUCCUAGUAACAGGUCAGAGUGCAUUCAGUCCCUCGGGCCACCAAGGAUGCUGUUAGUGUAUCAGAGCUCUACACUGUACAACAGAAUGGCUAAGGCACUGUGAAGGAGAAUAUCCAUUAAUCUCUUUAACUUGCCCUCAUCCAACUGUAGCUCUUAAUACCGUCUUACAGAAUGGGUUUUAGAUGUGAAAUCUGAAUAGGAUCAGGAACCCAGAAGGAAGGUUCAUCAUUUCAGUGAGCUCUACAUAAGUGCAUAGAUAUUACUUUUUUCCAUUAUUUGGUGCACUCUUUUUACAGUAAAUAAUUUCCCAUUUUAUUAAAGCAAUAAGAUAUUCUGUUUUGAGCAGCGCUAGAUGCUCAUUCCACUUCCUUGGUGCUGAAGCAACUCAUAUGUUCUUGCCUUAUGAAUCACAGUGCAUUCAAGGCAUGCAAUAAUAAUCCCCUUCCAAGAAGCAGCCUGCACACCCUAGGGGGCAAUGUCCUACAUACUUUUCCCCAAAAGAAAUAGAGCAAACAAGAAAUAAACUAAUUAUGUGUAUUUUAAAAAAAACAUCUUGAUACCUCUAACCAUAAGCACACAUCUGUAAUGUGCUAUCAUUGUGCACCUUUAAGUGUAUAUGCCUUUUCCAUCAAUUGACUAGGGAUUAAUAUUUUAAUAGUGUCCUGUGUAAAGAUGAUGCAGCUUAUCAAUCACAUUUCAUACUGAGUUUAAUAUGCUGUGAACCUGGUGGCACCACACAAGAUUUCUGUUAGUUAGAGUGAUAAUUACAUGAAAUUCUAGUAGGCCAGAUCCCACACCAAAUUAUUGUAAUAAAGAUACGACAAUGCAAAUUUCUAUAGAGUCUGCUUAGAUUGCUACUUAGAGAGCGCAACUGACCCAUAUGACAUUCGAGUUUUCAUUUUUAUGAGACAAAAGGCAUUAUGAAAAUAGCUAAAUUUACUCUAAGGAUCUUGUUUACUGAUGUCCCGUCAAACUAAUUGCUCCAACCUUCUAUAGCUACAGCUCAGCUCCUGCACUUGCUAUUCAGUAUUAAUAAAGUAGCAUGCUUGAUUCUUACUAUUUUAAAAAUGAGAAAAAUAGAGAGAGAAUGCCGAUAUGUCAACUAUAUGGGACUCUGACUCUUGAAGAUGAAGAUGGAUAUAAUCUUUAGAAUUUAUAUACACCCAUAGAUAUGUAUUUAUAUAUGCAUACAUUUUGUACAAAUUUACAAUGGACUUUUUGUAUUCUCUUUUCUGUCAUUAUAAGUAUGAGACUGAAACCAAAUAGUUGUUCCAUCCUCUGAUCCAGAGAGGAUCUGAGGAGUCAGGUGUAUGCAUGUACUUGGUUCUCUGAGGUCAAAUCAGAAUGGCUUUCUCUUUAUUUAGUGGAAGGGGAGAGUCUUCCUUGGCUUGGGGAAUUGGUAAUUAGAUAAGCUUCCUUUCCUAUAUUAGUGACUCAAAUGUAGCAAUGAUAACGAAGUCAUGACCAUCUCUAUGUGGUCCAGCUAUUUGAUGGAUCAAAAAUCUAUCUACACGAGCAUUGGAGCCAUCUAGACCACAAUCAUGGAUUGCAAUCUGAUUUUUCCUCUUCACUUUCAACUUACAUGUUGUAUGAGAUACAACAUAUACCUGCAUAGCUAAAGGUAAAAUGAAAAUAUACCUACUAUUUGUUUAGUUUGAAGAGUAGCUUUUUGGAAAAUAUGGACAAUUUAGCUUUAAAAAUUACUGGGCAUUUGACUUUUUAACCCUCCCUAUCUGUAACCAUUGAAUUGAUUAGAUACUGACUAAAAUUUCUUUUUCCAAUGCAUAGGCAUAGAUUUUAAGUGCUUUUAAUGGAUAAUUGCUAAGAAAUGACUAACUAGUAUUACAUGAGAGUUAUGGGCUAAAUUGGAACCAGAAACUUUAAUAUGGCUUCUAAAAUUCACUCCCAUGGAAGUCUAGGCUUUGGACUCGAAUCUGAAAAGCCACUUAUUCAUGUUUGGAAAUUGUGGUGUGGUCCAUAGAUGUUCAUGUAAGAACGGAUUGCCCCAUCUACACAGGAAGGUAUUUCAUCACUGGGCUGAAUAUAAAUCUGAUUCUGGUUUAGUUUUUCCUUAUUUGAUAACAUUUUGGAAGCAGACGUGAUGGCUUCACAUCAAUACUUAUCAAUGUCACCAGCCCAAUGGUGCAAUUGGUGCAGUGUCAGAAUGCUUAGUGGAGAAUAAGAACUUACUUAGCUUUAAUUGAGAGACAGUGCAUUAUUCGGGUUGCUUUACCCAUUUGAGGAAGGAUAUUUCACUGAGACUUGUGGUCUCACAGGAUUGCUGCUACAGAGAGGAUAACGACAGUGAUGGCAUCAACAGAAGAAGUGAUUUUUGAACUCGAGUAUAUCCAAUAGAUAGAAUAAAACAGGUAUUAGAAAUUCAUGAAAAAUUUGUUUUGCUUUUAUAUCAAUAAAAGAGUUUUCUUGUUAA